AGUGUCUUGUGAUAAUACAAUUAAAAUUAUGACAUUACAAAGUUUAGAAUUCUCUCAUCAUGCUUUAGAUAAUUUACUUGAAAAAAUAACAACAAAAAUAAGUUUUACAACUAAUUUGUGGACUGGAAUUCAUCGAUCUUAUAUUAGUGUACCUGUUCAUUGGAUCAAUGAUAAUUUUGAACUUCAACAAGCUUUACAUACAAUAGAAUAG